AUGUCAGAGUCAGAAUAUUUACCAUCUAAAUUAUCAUUACCAACAUACGUCCCUUUACAAAGAACUUUAGUAAAAGAAUACGAGCUGCUAUUCCAAUUACGUACCACUCAAAACUUGUUGCAACAACAAAAAAAACAAAUUACUGAACAUUGUGAUAAUUAUAUAAACUUUGUCCUUGACAAUGAUAAACUUGAUUUUGAUGAGAAUAUUCUAACCAACUGCCUCAAUACAUUUGAAAACUUGGUUGAAUCAAAUAAUGAAAUUGAAAAAUUAAAGAGUAUACAAGAUCAUCCAGAUAUUAAAAAAUUUGCCAGUCGAGAAGAAAAUGAUUGUAAAUUAGAAACAUUAGAUAGUUUUCACAACAUUACAAAUGAUCAAUUUCCAGAUAUCAUAAAACAAAAACAUACAGAUGCAUUAGUACAAGCUGAUUUUGAUUUUCAUAAAUUUUUGAAAAAUGUUUUAUUUGUUAUUAAAAAACCCGAGGAUCAACUUAUUGAAGAAGAAGAGGAUGAUGGUUUAGCUAUAAGUGGUGGUAAAGUUUCAUUAAAAGAUCCAUUGACUUUAGACUAUUACAGAGAACCAUAUAAAUCACUUAAAUGCAAUCAUAUUUUUGAGAAAUCAUCAAUUUUAGCAAAUUUACGACCAAAUCAAAUCAAGCAAUGUCCUAUUGAAGCUUGUGACUCUUCAUUGCUGAUAAAUGAUUUAGUACUUGAUAAAUUGAUGGUUAUUAGAAUAAGGUCUUUUAAAAGAAUGGAAAGAAAAGAUGAUGCCGAUAUUGAAGCUGUUGUAUAA